CUAGUAGCUUUCCCUAGCACAGCUUUCACAAGCAAUGUGAACAUAUCAGGAUCAAAAUAGUCUUUCAACGUCACUGUUUAUGUUGUUAGCUAGCGUAAUAUAACUGCAAGUGGUUAUGAUUUGAUAGAGUAAUAAAAGAGGAACGUUCGUCAACCGAUUUUCAACAUAACAAAUCAUCAUGGAUGCAGUGAACGCGUUCAACAUGGAGCUGUUCUCCAUGAUUGACGUGAAGCCUCCAAUAUCCCGUGCUAAAAUGAUGUCUGUAACAAAAUCAGCCAUCAAAGCUAUCAAGCUUUACAAACAUGUUGUCCAGAUUGUUGAAAAGUUCAUCAAGAAGUGCAAGCCAGAAUUAAAGGUCCCUGGUUUAUAUGUGGUGGAUUCCAUUGUUCGACAGUCACGGCAUCAGUUUGGUGUUGACAAGGAUGUAUUUGGACCCAGAUUCUUGAAGAAUUUCACAGAUACCUUUCAAAACCUUUACCGCUGCCCAGAGGAUGAUAAGAGCAAAAUUAUCCGUGUCCUGAACCUGUGGCAGAAGAAUGGUGUGUUUGACAUGAGCAUCAUUCAGCCUCUGAUGGAUAUGGCCAAUGGAGCCAUUGUAGACCUACCUGCCCAAGCACUGGAAGUUCCCGCUGACCCUCAGCCAGAGACACAGCCUCCCGUCACCACUGCCCCAGUCGUGCCUGCUGUGCCUCAGCUACCCACACCUGAUGCCUUAGCUGCUGUGGCACAGCUUUUUCAGUCCCCUCAUGGUCAGGAGCUGCAGAGGAUGCUCCAUAACUUCCAGCAGGCAGAUAAGACCCUGGCAGCCACCAUCACAAACAACAUAACAACCCCACCCCAGAUGCCUGCCACCCAGCUCAACCCGUACAGCUCACAUACUGAAAAGAAAAGCUCUUUAGCUGAGAAACUCCUUGACCGAUUUGACUAUGACGAUGAACCAGAUGAUAUAAUGGCAAAAGAUGGCAGUGGCCAGUCGCUAGGCAUUCCUGAAAAUGUGUUUAACCAGUUUCCUGGUCAGAUGCCCUACACAGAGAGUGUUCAUCCACAUAUGAUGGGACAGUCUGGCUGUACAGAGCAUGGUGAAGGGAUGAGUCAUGAUGAACAUCACAUGAUGCUCGAUGGAUACCGUUCCAUAGAUGAGGCUUAUUCAAGAUCACGGGGGAAUUCAAGAGAAGACUCAUCUAGGCACGAGGGCAGACACAGAGGCUAUAGCAGGAGAUCAAGGUCCAGAUCUGGUUCAAGAUCUCCAAGGAGAAGAAGAUCAAGAUCUUCGUCUCGUUCAAGAAGGUCAAGGCAUCGGCGCUCUCGUUCUCGCUCCAAAGAACGUCGCUGGAGAUCUCGCUCUCGUUCUCAGGACAGGAAUGAAAGAGAGAAAGACAGAGAGCGCAGACAGAAAGGUCUUCCCAGCAUGAAGAGCCAGACACUCAGUGUUUGUAGCACUACACUCUGGGUUGGACAGCUAGACAAGAAAACUCAGCAGUCCGAUGUGAUGUCACUUUUGGAAGAGUUUGGCCAAAUUGAAUCCAUCAAUAUGAUUCCUCCGAGGGGUUGUGCCUAUAUUGUUAUGGUUCACAGACAAGAUGCCUACACAGCCUUGAACAAACUCAGUAGGGGGUCAUACAAAGUUAAUCAGAGACCUGUUAAGAUUGCUUGGGCUCUGAACAAAGGUAUAAAAUCAGCGCACAAAAAGUUCUGGGAUGUGGAGCGGGGAGUUACCUACAUCCCAUGGAGCAAAGUCAAAGUUGAGGAGUUGGAGAGCUAUCGAGAAGGGGGUUUGCUGGACGCAGAGACACUUAAUCCAGAGUGGAAUCAUGGCAAGGACAUCAAUAAGCAGGCAGCUGUGAAUGGAGCUCUGCAAAGCGUACCGGCAGAUGGAACUGUCACUGCUCACAUUCAGGUGCCAUCAGUUCAACAGGCAGAACCCAUCGGAAGUCCACCUGCUUUUCCUGGCCCCAUCAUGCUGUCCCCUCCAUCCAUGCCUCCAGGAGGACCUCCUUUCAUUCCUCCUGAGUUUGACCCUACAAAGUUGACACCAGCAGGAAGUGUAAAACCCCCAGAGGAGUCCACCAAGGAUUCUACAGGAGACAAAGGCACACCCUCAGAUCCGGUCACUGCAAACAAGCUGGGGUCUCCAGUAGCACCGAUGAUGACCCUGCCAGGCCCAGGGGUCAUUCAUGCUCCCAGGCCAGGGAUGCCACCUCUGCAGCCUCCCCCCGGAAUACCACCUCCAUUCUUCCCACCACCAAGCAUGCCACACAUGCCCCCGCACAUGAUGCCCGGAGGACCCAUGUUUCCACCAAAUAGAUUCAGAAUGCCGAUGCCCUUUCCACCACGUGGCCCCCCUUUCCAUCGACAUCCCGCUAUUAGACCAGAGGACAUGGAUGACAGAGAAGGGAGGCCUUUCCGAAAUGGGAGGCCAGGGUUUGGGCCCCCACCCUUCCCCAGAGCGAGGUGGUAGAGGUGAAUGAUGGACCUUAAGGGGGUUGAUUCUGAAUCACUGUGACAGAUACUGAGUAUCAGGGCAUUUGGUUCAACAAGGACUGCUGUAAACAACUGAGGUGCAGAAACUUCUUUUCAGACUUUAUUUUACACCACCAGAAUCUUUUCUUAGUGUCAAAUAAAAAAUGAAAAACAAGACACCAUGUUCUGAAUGUGGUUCGUUUUCACCAGAGAGUUCACCAGAGAAGUGGCUGUAAAUACUGUACGUGCUUCUAGCUGUUUGCUAUCUUUUUUGUAUAUCUGAAGUUGUCUAGUUUAUGCUCAAGUCUAAUCUCAUAGUUGGAGGUAAAAACAAAGUGUGUAUUUUUGAGCUUAUUCCCUCACCAGAGUUUUUGUGUAUGGAAGGAGACUGUUAAAAUCUAUAAUUCAUACCUUUUUGGUAUUUUGUUUUUAGUAAAAUGCAUUUGUAACACACUAAUGUUCAAUUCUUCUUAAGGGAAGAUGGAUUUCACUUCAAGCAGAAGAGAAUUUCAUGUCCUGCCAGUAGAGGGUAGAGUAAACCCUGUCACUAUGGCCAACCUCUGUUGUACAUUAAGGUCAUACUUUGUAGGAUCACGUGGAGUGAAUAUUAAAAAGAGGUAUUACCAUUU